AUUAUAAAAUGCCGAGGUCACAAAAUGAGUCAUGAGUCAUUGGAAUUCCCAUCCAUAAGUAGGCGUAGAUUAGGUUUAAUAUAAAAGGUUAAACAUGCUUAAGAUAGGAGUGUUACAAAAACGACCGAGCGAGGUAGAUGUCCUUUGAAUUCGUUAGUGGGUGUUUUUAAGAAAUAAAUGUUUUUCAUACAAUGUUGAUAUAGAUAUUUUUGGAAAGGAUAAAUGUAAAUGUAUAUAAUUAUACAGUAUACAACGACCAGCUGUCGGAUAAUCCGAAAUUGGCUGUUGUAGAGAAGUGGCUGUUGCUCGCAGUGUUAAUUUGUGUCACGGAUGAAAUUUUAAUGUUGUUGAGUUGUGUAGAGUUGUAGAAACGUAACAAAUUGUGAAUACAGGAUCAUUUGAAGUGCUUAUCAGCUGUAAGGUAUUUAUUACAUGUACUUAAAAAUUGUUGAUGCUGACAUGUGCAGACGAACAUUUGGUUAAUGGAAACAGUUUGAUCAUAAAAACGUUCAUGACGUUUUAUAUUUAUGCGGGCUGGCAUAAAUAUCAUGUUCAGUAUUCAUUUUUCUUUUAAAAUUGUAGAAUACGUAGGACAGUAUUUGGCUUAAUAAGCUACCGGAACUGUAGCGCCAGGGCUAUGUAGACGAUGAUCGCCCUUCUAUGUACAUUGUAUAUCAGUUUGUAAAAUCGGUCGGUCUUUGCAGACGAAAUAUUGAGACUACCAGAAUUACAAGAGGAAAUCGAAGUGUAUUAAUUAAUUUCAUUACUGUUCAAAAUUUCAGUUUCGAGAAGUGGGUUUCAUUUUACCACGAGGAAAUGACGUAAACGUAUUAGCUUUUUUUAAAUAAAACUGCGUAUCGCCGUAUUUAGGGACACUUGUUUUGUUCCGGGAUUAAACAAAAUACUUUAAAAAAAAACUAUUCAGAAUGAAGAGGCAAAAAGGACACUGUCCGAAAUCAGACGGUUUUAAAAGACAAAAGUCUAAUAUAGGUGAUGAUCGACUUGAAACUGAAAAUGAAGUAGCACAAAUGCGAGAAGAAAGUGAGAAAACAUCAGAAGAAAGCCAGCAAGAUGCUUCUAAUAAUCUACAACAAGAUGUUGAUGGUGGAAAAGCGACAAGAAGAGAGCCAAGGAGUGAAAAUGAGACAAACGACACCAAAAACGAAAAAGGUGUCAAUGCUGAAAUAGCCGCAUGCAGAACGCCAGACAAAAUCAAACCAAAGAAAAGUAGACGCGGAGUAGAAUCACAACCGGGAUUUGGUUUUACAAAGGACACUGUACAAUAUAGACCAGUAAUAACUGGUACAUCGGAAAAUGGGAAAGAUCAAUCAUGUAGUUCAAUUAGAAAGAGUAAGAAAAAAUGUGUAGAAAAAAUGACUAAUGAACAGAAGAAAAGUGUGACUGAAAAUGGAUCCAUGCCAUGCUCUAAUAGAGGAAGUGCUGGACAUAAGCUGCCGACAGCUACUUGUUCAAAUGUGGUGUUUCAAGGUAAAACAUGUGCCGAAACCAGUAUUAAAAUAACUGACAACAAAUGCAAGGAUCAACGUGCACAUUUUGACCUAGAAAUGGACGUAAUCUACACCUGUAACAUGAGGGAGAAGAUGCUUGAUCACGCCCCAAGUCUAACGCCUGCUGAUUUCGCCGAUAUGAAUCCAACAAAGUCGCCAGCCCAAAAUACGAGGACUUUACUGUGUAUGAUACCUAUUGGAAAACAGAAACCUGACUAUGUUACAAAUAUUGUUAUACCACACCCACACGCUGACAGGCCCGAGGGUGAUGACUUUGGGGCAAAGUUGGGAACAUACAAUGAUGACAAGCAUAAACCCCCGUACUUCAGACAUUUUCUUAUCGGCCGAAUUACAGGGCCAGCUAAAGACAUGGGAAUUCGGAAAGAUGAUGAACUAGUUCUAAUUGGAGAUAUAUUUGUGCCUGACCUUAAACACACAGAUGUUUUGAAUCUGUUUCAUCACGUGCAGGUGGACGGUAAAACAACGUUUUCUCUGGUAAUUCGGCGUGUAGAGGACAAAGAAUGGAAAUGGAUACAAACAAGUGCAAUUCUUACACCAGACAAAUUGCCAGACAAAGGUCCUAUUAUCAAACCUGUUGAAUACAGACAAUUAAAAGAAGAGGCGGGUAAAAUUGAAACAGCAACAAGCAGCCAUCUGUACAAAGUGCCAAUGACGCAGAAAUAUCUGGAAAUAUCCAACAAAAGUGUUUGUAUAGACGUCUUUAAACAGGACGAAUCCGACAAUAACAAGAUUAUAAAGAAGCGAUGUAGGUUUUGGCCGUCAGGCCAGGCCGGCCAAAUAGACUUUGAAGCUGCUCUGUGCAACAGGGACAAGACCAGAUAUAUUGGAAUAGCCAAAACAAAUAAUCAUAUCGUGUUAAAGAACGACGCGGUGUGGUUCAAAAUAAUUAUGUUGGGGAGCAAAGUGCGUUUCCAACUGAAGGAUCAAUACAUUGGCUAUGACAAAGAAAAUGGAGUUGUCAAAGCACAACAAAACAACUGUGAAUUUGAAGAAUUGCCAGCCUCUACAAAUCACCCGUCUGGUCCAGCAUCUUUCCCUUCCGUGACAGAUCGAGUCGACGGGAACAUAUGCAGUCAAGCGUCUGUUUCCGUCUUGCAGGUAUUAGAGGCGGACAUCAACGGCCAAGAGACUGCUUGUAUUAGCAAAGAGUUACACAUAGACAUAACAAAUCAAGCGUCUAUCGCUGGAGGCUUAGACGAGGACAUGAUCAGACAAGCGUCUACCGCCCAUUUGCGCGGCAAACACGCGCCUGAGCAUCCACUGGAAGAUGGAGAACCGGAAGCAAGUUCUAUGUUAAUGGAUGACAGCGAUAGCGUUGGAAAUUCUUCUACACAUUCAAACGUAGAUUCAUUUAACUUAUCACAGUCCAGUAAUAACUCUGACAAGAAUGAUUUUGAUGAGUAUGGCAGAACUUCAAUGGAAACAGACAGUAGUGGAUAUGGAUCCGCAGCCCAAUCCCCGCCGAAUAGUCUUGAGAUGAAAAUAUGUGACGGUCCGAACAGUUACUGUGUUGAUAAACUGCGCGAUUGUAAAAAAUACCCCAAAACACCCACCACCCCUAUGAAUAACUUGUUUUUGUCCGGUAACUAGUCAGAAAAUAGAGAAAGACAAUGAAAUAGUGAUAACUAUAUACUAAUACAUGUAUGAUAUUUGAAAGCGAAUCUGGUAUAUUUGAUUAGUUAUAAAGAUUUUUGACAGGAUAUAUGACCCUAAAUGAACGGUUGUUUGGAAAUAUAACCCCAAGGCAAGGGUUAUAAACCUACGUAUUUGACAUUCCGUGUCUCCUAAACAGGUAUGGUAAAUUCCAUGCGUAUCAUACCAGUUGUGUGACAUUUGAUAGAAACUUUAGAGAGCAGAUGUGUACAUAUGCAUUUAAUAAAUCUUUUUAAAAAACACAUAUGUUUUUCU